GCUGGUACUGCCGCUGCUUUCCUCUCUUUACAAAAUUUAGAAGCUUCUCUCUCCAUCUCUCCAGAAACUCAAAAAUUAGGGCUUCUUUUAAAACCUUAGCUCCUUGGUUUCUUGGUGCAUUCCGUAAAUAUGAAUUGAAUUUUGGGCGAAUUUUGGCGCAUUUUGAGGCUUCAUUUUCAUUUUCUUUCCUUUUUGUUGGCUUUAAGAGUUUCUUUCCGGAACUGGAACGAAGGCUCCGAGGGAAUAUUGGGAGCUUCUCUGCCGUAGAUGUAAACUCGACAUGAAUUUUGGGCAAAUCUCCAGGAAAAGAUUAGUGCUUUGACAUACAAAAAAUGAAGCGAUUGAGGUCGAGCGACGAUCUCGACUCUUACGAAAAAAAUGCGAAUAAAGAAUCGAAUCAGAAUCGAUCGUCAUCUCAUCGAACCAGCAGUAGCAGUGGUUUGUAUUAUAAACCAUCCACAGCCUCCGAAAGCAACGCCCGCACCAAAAGCAAUUUGAUCUCAUCUUCUUUGUCACGGUAAUGAGAUCCGAUCGCUGGCAUAUGAAAGCGUGGCAUGGAGAAGGCCAGGAGAGGAAAGGAGAGGCUGGUCCGGAAGCGAUCAGAGCACGAUUUUGAUUCUGAUAGGCGAAAAGUAGGGUUUGAUCGGUACAGGAGGAGUGGUAGUAAUAGUAGCAGCCAACAUAGGUCGGAGAGCUUCUGCGGGCCUCGCAGGGAUUUUCCUAAGGGAUUCCGAUCAGAAAGGGAUCGCACUCGGCGUGACAGUGGGAGCGGGAGCUCGUGGCGCAGGUUUGGAAUUGAUGAGAAUAGAGGGAGUAGUAAGGUGCAACUGAGGGAGGUUAGGGAUGUGAAGUCACCAACGUGGUCGAGGGAUUCUUUGGGGGCAGGGAGGUGGUUGGGGAAACAAGGGAGAGAGGAUUUGAGGAGGAGGAGGAGGAGGAGGAGCUCAAAGUCUAAGUCUGAGUCAAGGUCGCCAACAUUGUCAAGGGAUUCAGGUAGUGAGCAGUCUAAGAGUAUUGGUGGCGGCGGUGGUGGUGAACCUAAGAAGAGUGAGGAAACCAGUUGAGAGUGAGACUAGUAGUGAAAUGGAGAAGGUGAGUUUGAUCCUGAGCCUCAAGCUGAGACUGAGCCUGAAUUGGCUACUGAGGGUGGGGUCGCAAAUGAGGGGAAAGAGUGUAGUCAUAGAGAAGUGGAGAAUGAGCCUGGUGAGAUGAAUUCAACUGUGGAGGUUGUAGAGGAGGGAAAUAAGGAGACGGGGAAUGAAAAGAAAGAUGAAGGGAAGGAAGAUGAUGAGUUGCAAGAUUGUGGAAAGCGCUUGAAUGGUGGAAGUAGUGGUAGUGGGGAUAAGAUGGAUGAUGUGGGUGGUGAUGAAUUUCGAAAGGAGGAAGAAGGUAUCAAGGUUAGUGGUGAAUGUGAGGAAAAUAAUAGUAAAGAUGCAGUUGUGCAGAAGUCAUCCUGUUUGGAAGGGAACUCUAAGGAGGACAAAGGGAUCGAUCUUGAGGUGCAGGUUGAGGAAUGUGAGGCAGCAGAGUCUAAUAAGGAAGUUGCAGUGGAAAAUGGUGAUCAAAACGUGAAUAUGGAUGUGGUAGAGAUAGGUUUGAGUCAGAAUGUCAAGGAUAAAGGGAAAGGUGUUGCUGUUGAAUCCUCAAAUGUUACUGAUUCUGCAGAAAAUAGUGUAUGGAUUGAAAGGGAAUCAAAAAAUGUGGAAGUUGAUAUGGAAGGGCCUAGUACCAGGGGUUUUGAGUUGUUCUCUUGCUCUCCUGUUAGGAGAGUGGAAAAGGCAGAGCAAUCAGGUCUUGAUAAGCCAAAAGAUGAGAAACUGGCAUUGGAGUCACUUGAUCUUUCUCUUAGUUUGCCAAAUGUGCUGUUGCCUAUUGGUGCUCGAGAUACAGAUGCAGUUCCUGGCUCCCCUAGCCAUGGAAGGAGUGGACAGUCCUUGACCAAUACAUUUCGUACCAACUCUGAUGGGUUUACUGCAUCCAUGUCUUUUUCCGGUUCUCAGUCAUUUUACCAUAAUCCAAGUUGCUCUUUGACUCAGAAUUCCAUGGAUAACUAUGAACAAUCUGUUCACAGUCGCCCCAUAUAUCAGGGAGUUGAUCAACUUUCUCAAGGAGCAUGGCAGUCUCAGAAUGAGUCAAGGCAUAAAGAUGUUCCCAUGUUUCAGAGAAUUUUGAUGAAUGGAAAUGUCUCUUUCAGUCAAUCUCAAGCAUUACAGGGUAUUGCAAAUAGUCCGGCUGUCCAAGCACAAAAUAUUCACUCUUUAGAAGGAAGCUCGAGGAUGCCCAAUGGACUUGAGAAGCAGUUAAGUUUUCAUAAACAGAAUGAUGUCAGGUCUCCUUCGCAGAGUGUUGGAUCUCAUGAAAUCGGUUCAAAUUACAGCUUUGAGAAGAAGCGAGCCAUGAGGGAGAAGCAUGGUUUAUAUAGGAGCAGUAGCCUGAAAGAGCAAGAACAACUUCUGAUAGGUGGAGCUGAUUUUGUUGAGACAAUAAUAAGCAGGAUGGUUUCUGAGCCUAUCCAUGUCAUGGCUAGGAAGUUUCAUGAAAUGACAGGACAAUCAAUAGCAUGUCUAAAAGAGAGCAUUCGCGAGAUUAUGUUAAAUGCAGAAAAGCAUGGACAACUUCGUGCAUCUCAGGAAGCCCUACGGAGCCGGUCUGAUUUAACACUGGAAACACUGCUAAAAUCACAUCGGGCUCAAUUGGAGAUCUUGGUUGCGUUGAAAACUGGUCUGCCUGAGUAUCUUCAGGUGGACAACAGUAUUUCAUCUUCUGAUUUGGCUGAGAUCUUUCUGAACUUAAGAUGCAGAAACGUUAUGUGUCGGAGUUCUGUGCCUGUGGAUGAAUGUGAUUGCAAGGUUUGCUCAAAGAAGAAUGGUUUUUGCAGUAAUUGUAUGUGUCUUGUGUGUUCAAAGUUUGACAUGGCAUCUAAAACUUGUAGUUGGGUUGGUUGUGAUGUGUGUCUUCACUGGUGCCAUGCGGAUUGUGGAUUAAGGGAAUCCUAUAUUAGGAAUGGACAUAGUGCAGCUGAGAUGCAGUUUCAUUGUGUUGCCUGUGAUCAUCCUUCUGAGAUGUUUGGCUUUGUAAAGGAGGUUUUUCAGAAUUUUGCAAAGGAAUGGACGCUUGAAACUUUUUCCAAGGAACUUGAAUAUGUCAAGAGGGUCUUCUCUGGCAGCAAAGAUGUGAGAGGGAAACGCCUGCAUGAAAUUGUGAAUCAAAUGAUUGUUAGAUUGGCCAAAAAGUCUGACCUUUCUGAGGUUUAUAGUCAGAUAAUGGGCUUCUUGACUGACAGUGAUUCUUCCAAGCCUAGUAACACCACUGUUUUGGCUGGAAAGGAACAAGGCAAAGGAAUCAAUGGGAUAGCUGGGCCUAGUCAGGAUGCUACAUGGCUCAAAUCUGUUUAUUCAGAUAAAGCUCCUCAACUGGAAAGUUCAUCUAGCCUACUUCCUAGUUUCCAUGUUGAACGAACUGACCGGCCUGACAAACACCGCUUGGAGUCAGAGUUGCAGAGGAGUGCACAAAAGCAAUCAUUUUUGCCUGAGCUGGAGAGCUUCGUAAGAAUCAAACAGGAAGAGGCCAAAAUGUACCAAACACGUGCUGAUGAUGCAAGAAGAGAAGCUGAAGGCCUGAAACGAAUUGCAAUGGCGAAGAAUGAAAAGAUUGAGGAAGAGUAUAUGAGUAGAAUCACAAAAUUACGCUUGGUUGAGGCGGAAGAAAUGCGGAAACAGAAGUUAGAAGAAUUCCAAGCUCUAGACAGAGCUUAUAGGGAAUACAAUGGUAUGAAGGCAAGAAUGGAAGCCGAUAUUAAAGAUCUUUUGUUGAAAAUGGAAGCCACCAGACGAAACCUUGCCUUGUGAUGCUAAUUGACGCGUUCUUCACUUUUGUGCAGAACUGUUGUCUCAGGUUUAUUUCAUCGUAGUGCAGAAAUUUGUUGUUCUAUAAUGUGUAUACAUUAUAUGAUUCAAGGUUUCUGUAGUUUUUUUUAUUAUUAAUUUGUAGUAGGCUUGCAAUCUAGAUUCUGUACCUCCUUCCCCAAUGCUAACCAGAAUAUGUACAGGGAUGCAACAUCUCUUCAUGUCUUGAACACCCA